GAUAGUACAAACAAUCUUCCUACCGAAUACGUCCGACCGCACAGCCAUACUCGUGUCAACGAGUCAACAAGGGAAGAGACAGCGACAGGCGACGACUGCGCCUUUUGGUCGAACAAGCGACUACCCCACUAAGCUCUCUCUCACCUUCACCGCAAAAAGAUGAAACGCUCACGAGAGCCGGAAGGAGAUAUAGAACACAGCAGCGACGACUCUGCAGACAACACCGAUACUCAGCAUAUCAGCAAGAUCUCCGAGCUCGAUCCUGAAUCACCUGCUCCAGCCCACGAUAGCACAACGUCCAUCAUGAGAUGCACCUUGCCGCCGCACAAGGAGCCCUUGUCCUUCAGGAGCUACGGCGAAUACGAAUCACAUUAUAACAAUGCCCACACAAAUCGUUGUCUGGAAUGCCGGAAGAACUUCCCAUCGGAACAUCUCCUCACUGUCCAUAUCGAGGAGUUUCAUGACCCUCUGGUAGUAGUGAGGAGGGACCGGGGGGAACACACUUACUCAUGCUUUGUCGAAGGUUGUGAGCGGAAAUGCUUAACGUAUCAGAAACGCCGCAUGCACAUGAUCGACAAGCACAUGUUUCCGAAAAACUACUUUUUUGCAGUCACCAAGGAAGGCAUCGACGGCCGCCGGUCUCUCCUCAUAGAGUCAGGUCACCAUCGGAGACGGUCCUCCAAUGCUGCGCAGUCGAAGGAGUCCAAGCGCAGGGAGAGCUUGCAGGGACUAACGGAGAGCAAGGGACCAGCGGAAAAGAACGUGGAGGACCCAGGCUCUCCGAAAUCAAAGACGCAGCAGGGAUCCCCCAAAGCCGGCACAGUGAGCCGAGAGAAACCAGACGAGGAGAUGGAGGAUCUGACGGGAGCUAUGUCCUCUCUGCAGUUCGUUCCGUCCAGUGUCAGGUUUGGGAGGGGCCGGGCAGGGUUUGCAAGACGAUAGGACAACUCACUUGGUCAGUGGAAAGCUAGAACGAUGUGAUCAGCAACUGCGAUAAGUUGUCAAGUUUUUCUCAAUGAAAAGGAAGGUCUACCUUCUGAUUCCACAAUUCAGCCAGCCUCCAAAUCCUCAUGUGAUUUUGAGGGGGGAACAAGCCGUUU